GGCCAGCUUUUUUUUAUUGUCACAUAGCAGUGACACGCAAUAGCUUAGUAGUGAAGCGGAGCUGAUUACGUCCACCUAUUUAUACAGGCUAUAGAGACAGAUAUCUACUCCGGAUUGAAGCCGGAUGUACAUCUGGGAGCGAUCAUAGCCAGAGCUAAGAGAUGUCAUUGCUGUGUGUUGGAGUGAAGAAAGCCAAACUCGAUGGAGCCCAAGAGAAAUUUAACACCUACGUGACGCUGAAAGUGCAGAACGUCAAGAGCACAACCAUCGCUGUGCGUGGUGCCCAGCCAUGCUGGGAGCAGGACUUCAUGUUUGAGAUCAACAGGCUGGAUCUGGGGCUGACAGUGGAGGUGUGGAACAAAGGGUUAAUCUGGGACACCAUGGUGGGCACCUUGUGGAUCCCCUUGGAAAACAUCCGCCAGUCUGAUGAGGAGGGGCCGGGGCAGUGGCUGACCCUAGACUCCCAGGUCAUCAUGGCUGAGAAUGAGAUCACAGGCACCAAAGACCCCACCUUCCACCGCGUGCUGCUGGACAGCCGAUUUGAACUGCCAUUAGACAUUCCAGAGGAUGAGGCUCAAUACUGGGCCAAGAAACUGGAGCAGCUCAACUCCAUGAGGGACCAGGGUUACACAUACCAGGAAGAGGAGAGACCACUUCAAGCACCACUUCAAGCACCAUCAACACAAUGCUGUAACUGGAGUCUGUGGGGAAACCAGCAAAAUGAGGACCCAGACAGUGCGAUGGACGACAGAGAUAGUGACUACCGCAGUGAGACCAGUAACAGCAUCCCCCCUCCCUUCUACACCACGUCUCAGCCCAACACCUCCAUGCACCAGAACCCCAUCCCGAGAGACCAGCGCUACUCCUCGCACAUCUCCUACAACGGCUCCAUCCAAGAGCUGGACUAUGACAACCAUAGAGCCAGCAGUCCUACAGGCAGCAGUCACUAUGCCUCCUCCGGGGAGCUGAGUCAAGGCAGCUCCCAGCUCAGUGAGGAGUUUGGCCCAGAGGUCGAGGGGAACAUGAGGGGCUCUGUGGAGCUCUACGAUGAGAACGACGCCUACCACUCCUGUCACUCCUCUGUCAGCUACGGCUGGGAUCCCGACGCACCCGAGGAGGUGUACAGUGACGAGGGGGGCUACAUCAAAGAUGACGAGGAGGAGGGUGAGCUUUAUGAGCCCGAAGAUGGAGAGGGGGAGUACGACUAUGAGAGAGAGGAGGAGGAGGAGAUGGACAGCACGCUAAGCGAGGAGCUGCACUACACCCCCUCCCCUACUAGCACGGCUUCCACGCUGGCCCCCAAGGCCUCCAUUGCCAGGCCUCCUCUGGAGAAACAGGCCUCCCUGAGAGAGCAGCAGCCACAACCCCUCACCCUGGUUCCCUCUUCCCUGUCCCCCACCACUCAAGCCCACUCAAUGCUCCCUUUCCAGCCCCCUGUCACCACAGCCUCCACCAAGCCUACCUUCACCCCAAUGAUCCAUCCAUCCCUCAUCCAGCCCCCGGCGCCCACAGCCCAGCCCCCUGGUCCAGAUACCCAGCCUCCGGUGUCUGAUGCCCUGGAUGACAUCCACCUAGACAUCCAAGUGGAGAAGCCUCUGACUUUAGAGGAGGAGGUCCCUGUCGUAGAGAGCCUCCCAGCAGAAGUCCCCCCAGAGAAGAUCGAGACCCCGGGCGUCAGCUAUCAGAGGCCCAUCAUGGAGCCUGGUCCAGACAGGGCUAGGGCCAACUGGCAACGGCUCUGCAGCAAGGUCCGACUACAGCUGCAGCGGGCUCGGGGGGAGUCCAUUGGGAUUUGCUCCCUGUUGCUAUCAGCAGGGGUGGGUGGUGCGCUGUAUAGCAUCGACAGCAUGCCGGACCUCCGCAAGAGGAAAGCCAUGCCUCUGGUCAGGGACCUGGUCAGUUCCCUGGCUCAGAACUCCAGGAAGGCAGGGUUCACAUCAGCUAUGGCGUCCAGCACUCUCAAUAACGAGGAGCUGAAGAGCCAUGUGUACAAGAAGACCCUACAGGCUCUGAUCUACCCCAUCUCCUGCACCACGCCCCAUAACUUUGAGGUGUGGACGGCCACGACACCCACCUACUGCUAUGAGUGUGAGGGGCUGCUGUGGGGCAUCGCCCGCCAGGGCAUGAGGUGCACCGAGUGCGGGGUCAAAUGUCACGAUAAGUGCCAGGACCUACUCAAUGCUGACUGCCUGCAAAGGGCAGCGGAGAAAAGUUCUAAGCAUGGAGCGGAGGACAGAACCCAGAACAUCAUCAUGGUUCUAAAAGACAGGAUGAAGAUCCGAGAGAGGAACAAGCCGGAGAUCUUUGAGCUGAUCCAGGAGGUGUUUGCCAUGGUCAAAGCCACUCACGUCACCUACAUGAAGCAGAUCAAACAGAGCGUACUGGAUGGCACCUCCAAGUGGUUGGCCAAGAUCAGCAUCACAGUGCUGUGUGCCCAGGGCCUCCAGGCGAAGGAUAAGACAGGCUCCAGUGACCCCUACGUCACGGUCCAGGUGGGCAAGACCAAGAAGAGGACCAAGACCAUCUACGGAAACCUCAACCCUGUCUGGGAGGAGAACUUCAACUUUGAGUGCCACAACUCCUCGGACCGGAUCAAGGUGCGGGUGUGGGACGAGGAUGAUGACAUCAAGUCUCGGGUGAAGCAGAAGUUCAAAAAGGAGUCAGAUGACUUCCUGGGUCAGACCAUCAUCGAGGUCCGCACGCUGAGCGGAGAGAUGGAUGUCUGGUACAACCUGGACAAGCGUACAGACAAGUCAGCCGUGUCUGGUGCCAUCAGGAUGCACAUCAAUGUGGAGAUCAAAGGAGAGGAAACAGUCGCUCCAUAUCAUGUCCCGAAUCACCUGCUGCGACGAAGUAAGUUGUUGUGCCAUGUGAACCUCUUCCACUUUGUCACAGAUGUGCAGAGCUCUGGUGUUGUGAAGAUUCCUGAUGCUAAAGGGGAUGAUGCGUGGAAGGUGUACUUUGAUGAGACUCCUCAGGAGAUAGUGGAUGAGUUUGCCAUGCGCUACGGAGUGGAGUCAAUCUAUCAGGCUAUGACUCACUUUGCCUGCCUGUCGUCUAAGUACAUGUGCCCUGGGGUGCCGGCGGUAAUGAGUACCCUGCUGGCCAACAUCAAUGCAUACUACGCCCACAGCACCCAGGCCACCAACAGCGUGUCUGCCUCCGACCGUUUCGCCGCAUCCAACUUCGGGAAAGAACGAUUUGUGAAGCUCCUAGACCAACUCCACAACUCCCUUAGGAUUGAUCUGUCCAUGUACCGGAAUAACUUCCCAGCCAGCAGUCCUGAGAGGCUGCAGGACCUCAAGUCUACCGUGGACCUGCUCACCAGCAUCACCUUCUUCAGGAUGAAGGUACAGGAGCUACAGAGUCCCCCUAGAGCCAGUCAGGUGGUGAAGGACUGUGUCAAGGCCUGUCUCAACUCCACCUACGAAUACAUCUUCAACAACUGUCACGAACUCUACAGCCGCGAGUACCAGACAGACCCGGCUAAGCCAGGAGUGGUCGCUCCAGAGGAGCAGGGUCCCAGCAUCAAGAACCUGGACUUCUGGUCCAAACUCAUCACCCUCAUCGUGUCCAUCAUAGAGGAAGACAAGAACUCCUACACACCCUGCCUAAACCAGUUUCCUCAGGAGCUCAACGUGGGUAAAAUCAGUGCUGAGGUGAUGUGGAACCUGUUUGCUCAGGAUAUGAAGUACGCCAUGGAGGAGCAUGAGAAGAACCGGCUGUGUAAGAGUGCAGAUUACAUGAACUUGCACUUCAAGGUCAAGUGGCUGUACAACGAGUACUGCAGAGACCUGCCCUUCUUCAAGAGCCGUGUGCCUGAGUACCCGGCGUGGUUCGAGCCAUUUGUCAUCCAGUGGUUGGACGAGAAUGAGGAAGUGUCUCGAGACUUCCUGCAUGGUGCACUGGAGAGGGACAAAAAGGACGGGUUCCAGGUGACUUCGGAGCAUGCUCUGUUCUCCUGCUCCGUGGUGGAUGUCUUCUCUCAGCUCAACCAGAGCUUUGAGAUCAUCCGCAAGCUGGAGUGUCCCGACCCCCAGAUCGUAGGCAACUGCAUGAAACGCUUUGCCAAGACAAUUGGCAAUGUUCUCAUAUCCUACUCUGACAUUAUCUCCAAGUGCUUUGCUAACUACGUCAACAUGGAGAAAGUGGUGAGUCCAUGCAUCCUGAUCAACAACAUCCAGCAGCUUAGAGUUCAACUGGAGAGGAUGUUUGAGGCCAUGGGAGGAAAGGAUCUGUGCAAGGAGGCCAGUGACUUCCUGAAAGACCUGCAGGUGAAGCUGAAUACUGUGAUGGAUGAUCUCAGCAGGAUUUUUUCUGUCAGUUUCCAGCCACAGAUUGAAGACAAUGUGAAGCAAAUGGGAGACAUCCUUGGCCAGGUGAAGGGGACCAACGUGGGCGCUAACAACUGCAGCAGUGUGGCCCAGGACGCUGACAAUGUUCUGGAGCCUAUCAUGGAUUUCCUGGACAGCAACCUGACGCUGUUUGCUAAGAUCUGUGAAAAGACGGUGCUGAAACGUGUUCUGAAGGAGCUGUGGAAACUGGUGAUGAACACUAUGGAGAGGACCAUCGUCCUGCCCCCUCUCACUGACCAGACGGGAACCCAGCUCAUCUCCAACGCUGCCAAGCAGCUGGGACAGCUCUCCAAGAUUAAGGAGCACAUGGGUCGUGAGGAGGCCAAAGCCCUGUCCCCUAAACAGUGUGCUGUGAUAGAACUGGCCCUGGACACCAUCAAGCAAUACUUCCAUGCUGGAGGGGUGGGUCUGAAAAAGACAUUCCUGGAGAAGAGUCCUGACCUGUUGUCUCUACACUACGCCCUGUCCCUCUACACCCAGGCCACAGACAAACUCAUCAAGACCUUUGUUUCAUCUCAGAUCGCACAAGGCUCUGGUGUGGACGACGCCGUSGGAGAGGUGUCUAUCCACGUGGAGAUCUUCACCCACCCCAACACUGGAGAGCACAAGGUCACCGUCAAAGUGGUGGCAGCCAAUGACCUGAGGUGGCAGACCACGGGGGUGUUCCGUCCCUUCGUGGAGAUCUACAUCAUUGGUCCUCAUCUAGCUGACAAGAAGAGGAAGUACGCCACCAAGUCCAAGAACAACAGCUACGCCCCCAAAUACAACGAAACGUUCACAUACGCCCUCAGUAACGAGGUGGGCACAGAGUGUUACGAGCUGCAGGUGUGUGUGAAGGACUACUGCUUCGCCCGGGAGGACCRUACCGUGGGCAUAGCCGUAAUGCAGUUGAAGGACAUGUCCUCUAGGGGCAGCGUAGCGUGCUGGCUCCCCCUGGGAAAGAGGGUCCACAUGGACGAGACGGGCCUCACCGUCCUCCGCAUCCUGUCCCAGCGCAACAACGACGACGUGGCAAAGGAGUUCGUCAAGCUCAAGUCAGAUCAGCGCUCUCCCGAGGAGGGCCGAGGAUGAGAAGUCUUUAUUCGCUCAGCGCCAUCUACAGGCUAGGAAGUCUUUAUGCGGACUGACUGCAAGCCAAACCACUGCCCUGAUUUUCAAGUGUUGGUGAAGCGCAGAGAAACAGUUCUUUACUAUAGUACUGUUCAUACAUCUUAUUGAAGAGGACUUGUGAUACCAUCUACAGGCAUUGCCCUGGUUGUCUUGAAAGCACCGAUAUCUUUAUUAUGAAUAUAAUGAAUCGUCUAAUUUUGCAUACAUAUAUUCAUAAACACAACAACCUCACAAAACAGACCAACUUACUACAACACAUACACACAAAGAGAGUUUAAAGGGAUAGUUCGGGAUUUGAUCUACUUCCCCAUAGUCAGAUGAACU